CGCCCCCUCUCGCGAGUCGCAACCCCCCAAAGCUGGGAUCCCUACGCUUCACAGCUUAAUCUACGUUAAACACGCAGCCUGUCGAAGUCUCCCAUACUUUGCUUGGAUCUACUGCGAAAGCCAGUCUCUGCUAUACUAACUCCUACACUGGCGCUUAGCUCUUGUCCUGCAUACGCCGUGUCUUCCAUUUUCAGUCAUGAAAGGCGCAUUUCGAGUAACGAAGAACCUUGGCUACUCAAGUACCGAGAACAAGGUCCGGAAUGCAACAAGUAACUCCAACACCCCUCCAUCUGGCCAACAAAUGCAUGAGCUCGCUGUACUUUCGUAUGAUAGGACUGAUUUUGCUGAAAUCAUGGAGGUGCUGGACAAGAGAUUGAACGACAAGGGAAAAAAUUGGAGGCAUGUAUACAAGUCCCUUUGUGUAAUCGACUACCUUCUACACACCGGCUCGCCUGCCGUAGCUGCAUACUUCCGGCAGAACAUAUACCUCGUCAAGACCCUACGCGACUUCCAGCAUAUUGACGAGGAAGGAAAGGAUGCCGGGUCGGACGUGCGCGUUAGGGCGAGGGAUGUAGCGACGUUGUUGAUGGACGAUGUGAAAUUGAGGGAGGCGAGAAGUCGGAGGAAGGCGAUGAGGGCACGGAUGAUGGGGUCGGGAAGUGCAGAUUCGACUCUCGACGACGAAGGAAGAAAGAGUACAGGGAGUGCCGAUGAAGGAAGGAAAGGGCAUAAGAGGUUGACGAGAGAAGAGACUGAUUUGGCGAGGGCGAUCAAGUUAAGCGAAGAGGAAGAGAAGGAGAGGCUGAGGAAGGUAGCGGAGGGUGGGGGAUCUCUGUUCGAUAAUAUAGAGACGCCACUCAUUGACCUCUCCACGGAGGACUCUGCGUCACGGCAACCACCACCACAGGUCGCGAUGAUACAACCUCAGUACACCCAGGCCUUCAUUCAACCCCAGUAUACGCAGGCGAUGGUACAACCACAGAUGACCAGCAUACCCACCCAAUUCACUGCGUACGACCCUUACGCCCAGCAAGCCCAAUACGACGCCAUGGUUCAGGCGGAACAUAUGCGACAGCAGGCAGAAGCACAGCAACAGUUCCUGCUUGCCAUGCAGGCGUCUCAGCAGCAGCAGCAGAAGCCGCUCGCACCGCAACCAACUGGAUUUGGAUCGAACAACCCCUUCGCCCAGCCGGAUUCUUUGUCUACUCCGGGAACACCUUUCCAGAACACCACCACACCUUCAACUCCCAAUUACCCGUUCCUUUCGCACACACCCGAACCCUCAUCCUUCCGCUCACCGUACAGUUCGCACCACUACACGAAAUCUACGCCCGCGCUCACCCACCGCUCCGCCACCGCCUCCUCGCACGCUUCCUCUGUGCCACCCAAAACACCGGACAGCUCUGAGUAUGCGCAUAGUCAGCUGGAGAGACUGUUCAAGAGUAGGAUCGAGGGUGGGGAUCUGGAGGGCGGUGUGGAUACAUUUGGGAACACAGGUGGGUUGAGAUAUGGUGGGACGGCUUAUGGUCAGUUGGUCGCACAGAAGACGGGGCAGGGGAUGAUGGGGCAGGGGACUGGGUAUGGUGCAUAUGUACGGUGAUUAACAUCUCAGGGAAGGUUUUUCCUUCCAGACGGAUCGGCUAUUCGUACGCUAUAUAGAACGUAGAUUACUCUUGCUUUCCUUGAAUAAUUGUGUAUUUGUGCCAGUGUUGUCGUCUUCGCUGUCUUAUUAUAUUGCCCAUGACAUAUGCAUAUCCGCUAUCACUAUUUGAC